AAUCUGCAAGAAAAGUUGGUCAUCAUAAAGCCUUCUCCAUGGAGUGACGGGGAUGAGCAUCCAGUUGGAAUCCUGCUGCUUCCCACUAGACCAAGUGGAGGGCCAGCCCCAGCUCACCAGCAGUUCUGUUUUAUGGGCUAGGAGUUGUACGUGCAUCUUCCCUGGAUAUCAGAGUCUCCUGUGUCUCCAAGGAGGCAGAGACCGUGCUCCCUGCCGUCCUGGGGCCAGGAUGGGGCAGCAGUUCAGCUGGGAGGAAGCGGAGGAGAACGGCGCGGUGGACGUGGCGUCGCUGCAGGAGUGGUACAAGAAGUUCCUGGAGGAGUGUCCCAGCGGCACGCUCUUCAUGCACGAGUUUAAGCGCUUCUUCAAGGUCACAGACAACGAGGAGGCCACCCAAUACGUGGAGGGCAUGUUCCGAGCCUUCGACAAGAACGGGGACAACACCAUUGACUUCCUGGAGUACGUGGCAGCCCUGAACCUUGUGUUGAGGGGCACGCUGGAGCACAAGCUCAAGUGGACCUUCAAGAUCUACGACAAGGACCGCAAUGGCUGCAUCGACCGCCAGGAGCUGCUGGACAUCGUGGAGUCCAUCUACAAGCUGAAGAAAGCCUGCAGUAUGGAGAUGGAGGCCGAGCAGCAAGGCAAGCUGCUCACGCCCGAGGAGGUCGUGGACAGGAUCUUCCUUCUGGUGGAUGAAAAUGGAGAUGGCCAGCUAUCCCUGAAUGAGUUCGUUGAAGGUGCCCGUCGUGACAAGUGGGUGAUGAAGAUGCUGCAGAUGGAUCUGAACCCCAGUAGCUGGAUCUCUCAGCAGAGGCGGAAAAGUGCCAUGUUCUGA